UGAGCUUGAAGCAUUCAUAUCCUGAACUUAAUGAGAUUCCAUAUGUAAAUUAUCCAUUUGAGCAGCGGGAAGGUUACAAAGUGUGGGAUCAGUAUCAAGCACCAUUUGUAAUUGCAAGGGUUCUUGUGAUAACAAUAAGUGUAGAUGUAAAAGGACAAGAAGGAAUUGUACAAACAGAAAAUCAUGUUCAAACAAGAAUUAAUUGUAUCAAAUUAGAAAUUUAG